CUUAGCUGUUUAUAAUUUUAAAGGUUAUCCCAUUGCCCACUGUAAGUUAUCUUGUUAUAGUAUUUCUGUAAGUUUCAACAGCUCAAAGCAACAAUUAUUUCAUAUACAAUUUCUCCGUUUGUUCAUCUACCUCAGGAAUAUAAUUUUUUUAAAUAUUUUUAAUACGCCACAGAAAAAAAAUGGUAGAUCCAGCGGCUCUGGUCACCGACAACGGUGGAAAAAUCAUGAAAAUGGAAGUGGAUUAUUCGGCGACCUGCGAUGAAAAAAUAGCCGAGUGCAAGAAAAUGGCAUCAGAAGGAAAACUGCAUGAUGCCUUGGACGUCCUCAUCAGUCUCGAAAAACAAACUAGAACGGGAGCUGAUGUUUGGAGUACCAGCAGAGUCCUUGUUGCCAUAGUUCAGCUUUGUUUUGAAGCGAAGAACUGGUUGGCGUUGUACGACAACAUUGUGCUGAUGUCGAAGAGGCGAUCGCAGUUGAAGCAGGCAGUCACGAAAAUGGUUCAGCAAUGCUGCGAGUACGUUGACCAGAUGCCUACCAAGGAUUCGCAGCUCAAGCUAAUUGAAGUCUUGCGAUCGGUAACAGAAGGAAAGAUUUACGUUGAAGUAGAAAGAGCAAGGCUUACGCAUAAGUUGGCGAAAAUGAAGGAGCUCGAGGGUAACAUUAACGAAGCUGCUAACAUAAUGCAAGAGCUUCAGGUCGAAACAUACGGAUCCAUGAGUAAAAGAGAAAAGGUUGAAUUAAUUUUAGAACAAAUGAGAUUGUGCCUUUUAAAAAAAGAUUACAUCAGGACGCAGAUCAUUGCAAAGAAAAUUAAUCCAAAAUUUUUUGAGGAAAACGAUACACAGGAUCUUAAACUUAAAUUUUAUAGGUUAAUGAUUGAUCUGGAUCAGCAUGAAGGAUUGUACUUAGCAACAUGCAAACACUACCGAGCAAUUUUGGCAACACCUGCAGUACAAGAUGAUAAACAGCAGUGCCAGGAUGUUCUUCAAAACGUUGUGAUCCAUUUAAUAUUAGCCCCAUAUGACAAUGAACAGUCAGAUCUUGCACACCGUGUCCUGAAUGACAAGACACUUGACCAGUUACCACCAUACAAGCAAUUCUUGCAGAGUUUCAUGACCCAUGAACUAAUGGAAUGGCAAGCGUUUUAUAAGCGCUACCAGCCGCUUCUGGAAAAUGGAACUAAUGAAAUACAAGCGGCAAGGGUAUUCAAGCCUGGGACUGAACUCGCAGAAAAAAGCUGGAAACAGCUUAAAUCUAGGGUUGUUGAACAUAACAUCAGAGUCAUGGCGAAAUACUACACAAGAAUCACUUUGAAGAGAAUGUCUGAAUUACUUGAUAUGACAGUUGAUGAAACUGAAGAGACUCUGAGCGAAAUGGUGGUUAAUAAGUCCGUAACGGCAAAAACAGACCGUCCUGCUGGUGUCGUGACAUUCAGUGCGACUCAGCAGCCUAAUGAUGUUCUCAAUGACUGGGGCAGAAAUUUGGCCGAUCUAAUGCGACUUUUGAACCAUACUACGCACUUGAUAAAUAAGGAGCACAUGGUGCAUAAGCAUUUGCUGCCAGCACCUUCUGCUUCUAGUAUUUAAUGAUAGAUAACUUAAUAACAUUGAAAGACUACCUGCUGUUUGUCAUCUUUAAAGUUGUAUUUAUUUGAAAUAUAAUUUUUCUAUUGCCAGAAAUAAAAUUGGUUUAUUCUACUGUU